AUUGACGCGGCCACGCGCAUUUAGAGGACAUCACAUCAGUGCAUCUUCGUGUGACCAGUCUCAAGAAACUCACCACCGACUUCUUGGAAAAUAUUUCCCAUUGGAGAAGUAAAGUGCAAUUAAAUGAAAAGGAAACUAGUUUCAAUUGAGUCUUAUAUGUUUGGCAUGGAUAGCAGGCUAUCAAAAAAAGUAUAAGUGGUUGAGAAUCCAAAUCAACAGCUCUUUACGACGGACCAUUUAAAUACUAAGCGCAGAAAGAAUGUCUUUUGAGGAGCCGUUUGAUUACUCUUGGGACAUGGCGCAUCAGCACCCAAAUCUAUCCGUGGCGCGCGGAAACAUAACACUCCCCUCUGAACAGUCGAUGUGGUCUACCGGUGUCGCCAUCGCCGCUGUUUACGGUGUAAUCAUAACCGUUGGUCUCAUUGGUAAUAUAACGCUCAUUAAGACCCUUUGCUCCACCAAGUCCGUAAGGAAUGUACCGAAUCUGUUCAUGUCGAGUCUUGCGCUCGGGGACGUGCUCCUUUUGGUCACCUGCGCACCGGUGGAUGCCAGCCGGUACCUGGCGGACGAGUGGCUGUUCGGUAGAGUGGGAUGUAAACUCAUACCGUUCAUACAACUCACGUCGGUUGGCGUAUCGGUGUUCACGCUUACUGCGUUGUCCGCUGACAGGUACAGGGCCAUCGUCCGGCCCAUGGAGUUGCAGACCUCCGGCACCCCCCAGGGGAUCGUGCUGAGAGCUGCGGCCAUCUGGCUGUUCUCCAUGACCCUGGCCGUCCCUGAGGCUGUGUUCUCCGACCUGCACGCGUUCCACGUCAACCACACCGACGAGAGCUUCGUCACGUGCGCCCCCUACCCCAACACCGGCCAACUGCACCCCAAGAUCCACUCCAUGGUGUCGUUCCUCAUCUUCUACAUGCUCCCCCUGCUGGUCAUCACUGUGUACUACUUUUUCAUCGCUAGGAGCCUAAUGCUGAGCGCUCGCAACAUGCCCGUGGAGGGGAACGUACACGUCAGGAGACAGGUUGAGUCAAGGAAGCGUUUGGCCAAGACAGUUCUGGUGUUUGUAGGUUUGUUUGCUGUCUGCUGGCUGCCCAGUCAUGUGGUCUACCUGUAUCGCUCCUACCACUAUGGACAGGUGGACACCUCGCUGGCCCACUUCCUGUGCAGUGUCGUGGCUCGCGUCCUGGCCUUCGCCAACUCCUGCGUGAACCCCUUCGCCCUCUACCUGCUGAGCAGAAGCUUCCAGAAGCAGUUCAACGAGCAGCUGUGCUGCUGCCAAGCCCUGAUCCACCGGAGGUCCCUGGCGGCCGUGCGCAACAACACACACCUCACCUCGCUGCGCAGCACACACCACUCCGUGGCCAGCGUCAGCCUGGCCAAUGGCAACACGCCUGUCUGCCAGGAAGACUGUGUGUAGGGGGGUGAGGGGAGUCCAUGAAGGGGGGAGAUGGAGGAGAGAGAGAGGACUGUGUGAUAGUGUAAGGCCUGUGAGUGCUGUGAGUAUGGUCGGGGAGAUGGGCUUGUGUGUGUGUCCAGGUGCUGUCUCCUGGCUGUGUGUGUCCAGGUGCUGUCUCCCGGCUGUGUGUGCCCAGGUGCUGUCUCCCGGCUCUGUGUGUCCAGGUGCUGUCUCCCGGCUGUGUGUGUCCAGGUGCUGUCUCCUGGCUGUGUGUCCUGGUUGUUUUAUCUGAGCAUUUCUUUAUUACUUUUACCACUUGCUGUGAUUUCAUUCAAAUUGGAAACAAAAGGAUGAAAAAGUGUUCAGUUCAUGGCUUAGUCCCAAAAAUACAUUGGGAUGAUCCUGUCUUGUUUUCAAGCAUUAGCUAAUGUGGUUGUUAUACAUCGUUGUGAAGGAAUUUUCCAUCAACGUAGUGAUACUUAAAAUGUGUGACAUCUUUGUAUAUUCAAUUGCAUGAAGAAACGUAAUAAAUAAAAGUAUUUAGUGUAUAUGUUACAAUGCACCUAAACAGAAAGGACACCUGACUGAAAGAUUGGCAGAUUGCAGUUGAAAAUGUAGGGUAUGCAUUAAGUACAUGUAAAGUAUUUGUAAAGUGGUCCUUGGAGAUCGUGAUUCACCUUUUCAAGCUCCCUGAUGAAACUACCCUGAUUAGCAUACCAAAUGUGAUUGGCCUUGACACGGCUUGACAUGCAGAUCAGGAGCCAAGCUUUCAUUGUGCAUUAUGUAAAGUACUUGCUGAUGUAAUCCCUGCAAAUACCUGUAGAGUGCUUUAUGUUAGAGAGGUUACUUAGUCUAAGUGUACUUUUCAUGUUGUUUAAAAACAUUGUUCAGGUUGUGUGUUCAAAGGUAAUUCAAGUUAUA